UGAUGAAAUCGAAACUUACGUCUCUGCCCUGGAAGCAGCGCUGACAUGAAACCAGAAGAGUGUUACGGGGCUAGAACUGUGUUUUCUCAUAUUUUAUUGCACUUCAGAAGCUAAUCUUAUUCAAAAUGGAUUCUGUAAACUACGUAGCGAGGCUGAACGAAUACGCACAAAAAGAGCGACUGGAGCUGAGGUAUGAGGAACUUGGAUGUGUUGGACCUGACCACAUUAGAACGUUUACCUUAAAAGCUGUUGUGAAUGGAAAGCCAUACCCUGAAGGUGUGGGGAAGAACAAGAAAGAAGCCAAACAGAGCGCUGCUAAAAAUGCUUUGACAUGCUUGUUAGAUGAAACUUCAGUUUCUACAGGAAGUGUUGCAGAAGUUUCUUCUCCUCGGGUUCAGGUGAAAACUAACUACAUGUGUUGGCUGAAUGAAUAUGGACAAAGUAAUAGGCUCAUGAUAAGGGCUGUGGAGAAAAUCACACCUGGACCCAAUAAUUUAUCUCAAUAUUGUAGGUUUGUGGUGGGAGACAAGGAGUUUCCAGCUGCUUUUGGGAAAACCAAGAAGGAAGCCAGGGAGGAAGCUGCCAGGCUGGUGCAUCAUGAGAUAUUAGGCAAUGAAACCUUGGAUACUGGAGAUGAUCGGGACAGCGGCACAUCAAGUCUGCCUUAUGAGGAAGUUGUCUCAGAUAUCAGUAAUCGUGCCAAGCGGUUGAGCCUACAGUCUGAAGACAGCAUUCUCACAGAAACAAACUUCAUUGGACUGGUCAAUUCUUACUGUCAGAAAACAAGGAGCACCUGUGCGUUUGUAGAAGAGAAUAGAAGUGGCCCCUCUCAUAACCCAUUAUUUUCCUACAAGUUAUUGAUUAACAAGGUGCAGUACUCCGUUGGUGAGGGCAAGAGCGUCAAGGAUGCCAAACAGAAUGCAGCUCGAUUGGCCUUGUCUGCACUGAAGGAGCGGUCAGACUGGGACAGCAAGGUAGUUGGGUCUGAUGAUUGCACACAAGCCAAGCAGUCCCCUCCAACAAGCACACUGGACUCUGGUGACACAAAAUCAGGUCUGGUGAUAUCAGCCACAAGCGAAUCAAUUGUUUUUAUGGAUCCAUCAAACCCACCCAAAGAUCAGGCGAUAAGUCCAGUUGUGAAGCCUAAAAUAAAAAUUGCUGCCAUUUUUCCAAAUGCCAAAGACAAAAGUAAAGAGGAUAUGAUAAAUUUCAAAACCAAUCAGAGAGGAAAUCUUCAGAGUGUAAAGUCACCAACUCAGACAGUUUCAAGUUUCAGUAGAUUUGAAACAGACUACGAAUCCAUACAAAAACUCGAUAAAGGAGCUUUUGGUCGUGUUUUUAAGGCAAAACGUAAACUGGAGGGAAAAUAUUACGCUGUAAAGAUUGUGCGCUACAAAGAAAAAACUCUGGAGGAGGUGAAGGUUUUGUCGGAGCUGAAUCACUGUAACAUCGUUCGGUACCACUCCUGCUGGCUGGAGGACACGGCCUACUCGCGGGACACUUCCACUGACAGCAGCAGCGCUUCACAAUCUUCCAUUGACCUGUCUAUGAAGUAUCUCUACAUUCAGAUGGAGUUGUGUGAGAUUAAAACACUGCGGGUUUGGAUAGAUGAGAAAAACAUCCAGAAUCCUAAAAAAUCCCUCAGAGACUCCAGGCGAAGAGACGAGAGUGUGGAUAUUAUGGUGCAAAUGGUCAGCGGAGUCGAGCACAUUCACUCCAAUAUGCUCAUCCACAGAGACCUGAAGCCUGCUAACAUCAUGUUCAGCCGGAACGGCACAGUGAAGAUCGGAGACUUUGGUCUCGCCACAUCUGAGAUUGAAGAUGAUGCAGAGAACCAGAAGGAGAGAAGAGGCUACAAAGGAACUCCAUCUUACAUGGCACCUGAGCAGAAGGAACGGAGGCUUUAUGACCGGAAGGUCGACAUAUUUGCUUUGGGUCUUAUAUGUUUUGAACUCCUUUGGAACAUACCCACUAUCCACGAGAAAGAAAAAAUGUGGACUGAUGUAAGAAACCAGAAGCUUCCUCAACCAUUUCUGUAUCAUUUUUCUCAAGAGAGCCAAAUGAUAAAAUCGAUGCUGUGUGGUAAACCAGAAGAGCGACCGGAAGCAAGUAAAAUAAAAACAGAUUUAGAGCAGCACAAACAUUUGCUUGCAGAACUUAAAACCAAGCAGCGUGACAGCAGGACAGUAAUCUGAUUACUUCACAGACACAUUUGGAGCCCUGACAAGGAUGAAUUAUUCAUUUAGUGACCAUUUAUGUUGGACUCAUAAGUUUUUUUAACUAAUGCAGUAAAACUGCUUUAAAGAUGAAAUAUCUUUCUAAAUGCUUGAGCUUAUUGAUUCGAUUUAAGUACAUAUGAAACUCAAGAACCUGAAGAAUCUGAACUUGAAUGUUUUUAAAGUAUUUGCCUUUAUGACGAAAUCAUAUUCAUGCGAAAUAAAUGUUUAGUGAUUAAAAACAGAAUGUGAAAGAAAAUGUUCCACAUUAUGUAAACUUUAAACUCUUAGAACAUUUUCUGAUUGUGAAGUGCAAAUAAUUAACCGCAUUUGUGUUUUUGAUGUGGACACGUCCUUGGUCCAUUAUAUACAGCACAAGUCAAAAGUUUACAUACACUUUGGAUCUGCAUGAAUCUCUUUCAUUGUGAUAUUUAUGAUUUAAUAAUAUAACCACAACUACAGUGUUUUUAGAGAUAUGACUCUUUAUUUAUUGAUAAAUUCUCUUUUAUUCAGACAGUCACUUUCAUACAAACUCAGAUAUAUACAUACACCCCUUCCAGUAUUUGGUCAAAUGUCUCUUUGAAAGUUAUCCCUAAACCACAGAGUAUUUGUAACCAUCGACAAACUUCUGGCAAAGCUGUCUGGAUAUUUGAAUCUUCAUUUUUGCAGAAAUAGUGGAGUUUAAUUUAAACUGGUUAGUUUGUUGACACAGACCUGGUUAAGUCUAGAAAUCAUUAAGAUGGUCAAGGUCUGGGCGUGCUGUGGUGGCGUGGGGGAUAGCGCGACCCACGUUUGGAGGCCCUGAGUCCUCGACGCAGCCGUCA